UUAGACAGCAGCUGACGAAUGUUGUUUGUGAAUCUCACAGGCACGAUCUGAUUUUAAAAAAUUCUUCCUCAUCACUAGAUCACAAGGUGCAACAUUUGUCUUUUAACAUUCAACACUCUUCAAAUAGUAAGCAGGAGACAUGGCUUCCGUGAAGUCAUUUUCAUCAUUCUGUGGCCAGCAAGUACACAGGGAAGUUGGGGACCGAUAACUUUAACUGAUAUGUUACAACAACAUUUAAAGUUAUUUUGAGUUACAGCUAAUUUUUGAAACCUUUUUAUAUAGACUCAACUAUCAACCUCGUCAGUCUCUGAUAACAAGCUAUUUGAGGAUUUAUUUUCAACAGGUGUACACUUGAUGACCCCUUUGGAUAAAACCUGGUUUCCCCCAACUUCUAAAAUUAAGUAAGAUGAUUUGACUGAGGACUCACUCACAAAUUCUUCUGAAACUAAACAAGAUGAUUUGACAAAGGACUCAUUCACAAAUUUAAUAUUUCAUCAUUAGACAGAGGUGUCAGUGCAGCUGGGAUGGACGAGUGGCGUUUCAUGCUGUUGUGGAGGAGAGGGGUCGGGAAGAGCUCCAGUGGGAACACCAUUCUUGGGCAGCAAGUAUUCCCUGUGAACAAGACUCUGAGCAGGGUCACACAGGUUUGUGAUCGAAGAGAGGGGACAGUGGACGGAAGGCCUGUGGCUGUGAUUGACACGCCAGGACUCAAAAACUCUUUUGGUGAUGAGAAGAAAGUUAUUCGUAAGAUCCUAAAAAGUUUGUCUUUCUAGAAGCCUGGUCCUCACGUCUUCCUGGUUGAUUUGCCUAUUGGCAACCUGACAAAAGAUGACAUUCAAGUCCAUAAAAUGAUACAAAGCAUGUUUGGGAAGAGGGUCUGGCGGUAUACUUGUUAUUUACCAAUGGAGACACUCUGGAAGGGACUGCUCCAAGUGAUGCUAUCAGCAGUGCAGACCAAGAGCUGCGUGAUCUGAUUCGGGAAUGCACUGGAGGGUUCGUAGUCUUCGACAACAAGGACAUGGCAAACCGGACCCAGGUGACUUUGCUCAAGGAGAAGAUAGACACCCUGAUGGCCCUCAACGUCAACAAGUGGUACCCAAGAGAGUAUUACACGUGGUCCGAGAAGAAGAUCAGAAAGAGGCAUGAGAAGCACAUGGAGGAGAUAUCAGAAGACAUUGCAGAAAAGGAGAGGGAAAUGAAGACGCUCUAUAAUGAUGAUGAGCUGGAAGAUACAGGAGCUCUGGCGGAAGGUAGACGAGGAGCUGAGGUUUUUUGCUAAGAAUCCAGGAAAGUUCAAGAAGUCUAAAAAAAAGAAAUAGUCUGAAUCAGUCCAAUCCAUUCCCUCAAUCAGACAGAAGCGACAAUAAAAACAGUCAGCUAUUUGAGGCAGCGUCACAGCAAUGACGGUGUUCUUCCCUCUCGACACUGCACGAUUACGUCUGCAAGUGGAUGAAAAGAGAAAAUCCCAGUCAACUCCAGCUAUUCUGUCUGAGAUCAUAAAAGAGGAAGGACUCUUGGCUCCCUACAGAGGCUGGUUUCCAGUCAUUUGUAGCCUCUGCUGCUCCAACUUUGUAUACUUCUACUGCUUCCACAGUCUGAAGGCCGGCUGGCGCCAGGGACAUCGAGCCAGCCCAGCUAAAGACCUCAUUAUAGGCAUUGUAGCAGGAGUAGUGAAUGUCUUGGUAACUACACCACUAUGGGUGGUAAACACCAGGCUGAAGUUGCAAGGGGCAAAAUUCCGCAAUACAGAUAUACGUCCUACUCACUACACAGGCAUAAUGGAUGCCUUCACUCAAAUAGUGCAGGAUGAGGGUGUUGGAGCGCUGUGGAACGGUACCUUCCCCUCUCUACUGCUGGUCCUGAACCCUGCAGUGCAAUUCAUGAUCUACGAGGGCCUGAAGAGGCAACUGGGGAGGGGCAUCCACAGAGAGUUGUCCUCUUUGGAAGUAUUCCUCAUUGGUGCUGUUGCCAAGGCAGUUGCAACUACUCUGACAUACCCUCUGCAAACAGUGCAGUCAAUCCUCAGGUUCGGCCAACACAGGCAACAGACAGACCGGUCCAGGCUGAUGAGCAGCCUGAGAAGUGUCAUGUACCUGCUGAUCAACAGAGUCAGACAAUACGGCAUGCUGGGCCUGUUUAAGGGGUUGGAGGCCAAACUCCUGCAGACGGUCCUGACCGCGGCCCUCAUGUUUCUGCUCUACGAGAACAUAGCCAGUUUUACCUUCGGUGUAAUGGGAAUGAGGAGACCUGUAUCCAGUCAUUGAUGCACUCACUUAACUUUACCUUGUAUGUGGGUCUGUUGAAUCGCCACUCUGCAUUUGUAUUUUUGUUGUUGUUUAUUUAUUUAAAAACGUUUUUAUAAUAGCAAAAACAUGAGAUGAAGCAAGGAGGCGUUCUUCCUGGAUGCUGGAUUGGCUUAUCAGGUACUGACUGGCUUUGUUUUAUUUGUCCAGUAUAUUUACCCACCCGAACUGAGUAACAAAGUGUUUUGUAUACAGCAGUUGGCAUAAUGUUAACAGCAAUGAAAUGUCAAAAAUCAUAACACAUUACACUGAUGUUAUGCUGUUUCGAAAAACAAACUUAUUAACAGGCAAUUUUGAAUGUUGGCUGUGAUUUUUGUUAAUAUGAAUAGAAUAUUGUGAUUUUUUUAAAUGAAUGCUCGUUCCACAGAACAACAUCAUUAACAGAAAUACAAAACGUAAUUCUACGCCAAGCAUGACAAAAUAAAACAUAAGAAAGGAAAGAAUCAAGAAGUGUGCAGACUCUAUUUUAAUAAAUAUUCAGGAGUCAGGACCUUUGUAUCAUCUAAAAUAUCCCCGUCACCGCAUUAGGGUAUUCAGUUUUUUCUGUGACUAGAGGAAAGACUGCUCCCUUAUAGCCCACACACAUUAUUUCAAGUAGUAACUUAAUUUUCCCAUGCGGUCUACCAUCCAGUACUAACCAAGCCCACACCUGCUUAGCUUCAGUCAUUCAGCAGCAAAUUCAUCUUGGUUUGGCUGCUGACCACUGCCCAUGGCCGUUCACUUUUUGGUCAGCAGGUGGUGCUAUAGGUACAUUAGAUUUUUCUCCAUGUUGGUUUCACUGGCUGUAGGGAAGCUCUGAUCUGCUGUUUAACAGAAAUUUGUAAGAGUUAUGGCAAAAUCUAUAAGGGUCAUUCUACGAAACCGGUGCCUUUUCACUUUGACAUU